ACAUCCGCAUCCGGGCAUCAUCGGGGAACAAAAUAUAGGAGAAGGAGACGUGUCGUUACUUCAAAGGUCCUUUGAAAAAGUAACUAUAUUCCUAGCAGAGGGGCGUUCGCUGGCUCUUAGUCAGUCGUAAAGCUGUCACCAUGGCUGACUUUGAUCCAUGUGAAUGUGUUUGGAACCAUGAAAGUGCUAUGCAGAGACUCAUCAAUCUGUUGAGGAAUUCCCAGUCCUAUUGCACUGACAAUGAGUGUGUACAAGAUAUGCCAGGGCCCAAUGGUAACCCUGCUGAUGGUGGUUUCAAUGUGAUGAUGAUCAUGAUGGCAUGGCUGGUGAUUGCCACAGCUCUGUUUCUUCUAAGACCAGCCAGUCUCAGGAAUAGAGGAGACCAAAAACCAAGUGGAAAUGGCAAUAAUGGACCAAAUAACCAUCCUCCUGCACCACCCGUCUCAUAAGUUGGAUCCUUGAAGAAAAUGGCUUUAACUGACAGGCACGAAAGGAAAUUUCUUCAUAUUGCCUACAUAUAUAUAUAUAUUUAAGAUCAAUUUUAUUUUGAUGUUGGAAUAUUUGGAAUUCAAGACAAAUUGCAAUCUAAGAUAGUUAAUAAAUUUUAGUCCGAAUGCUAUCUUUUAAGUCUACAGUUUCAAAAGUAAAUUUGACCCAAACUGUCGUAGGUGUAAAACGAGGCAUUUAUAUUUAACUUGGUAUUAGUGUUCGACCUUCACAAUAAUAUAAGCCUAAAAUAACAGUUUACUGCCAGGUCAAAAAUGAAUGAGGGUUGUUUUGACUUCUUCACCCAUACAUAUAUUUAUAUUUUUGUCAGAUAUUAUGUAUACAAUGGGGAAGGUUAAGGUAUCAUGUAUAUCUCAAAGGCAUCUUGAGAAGGUGAAUGGGUUAUGUAUUUGUUUGUUUAUUCAUGUCUGCUUUCCAAUGUUAUGAGUGUGCAUGUGUAUUUUAUUUCUUUUUUUUUUAAUUUGAAAAGGAACAUACAACUUGUGAAGUACAAGUCAUAAGUUGAUAUAUUGUCAAGGUUGGUCAUUUCUGUGGAAAAGUGCAAUGACAUAUAGGAUUUUCACCUGAAAAUGGUCAUAAUCAGUAUUAUGACAAGUUUUGACAAAAAAACUCCUGGUACCUGAAACACAAUAUUAAAGUGAUCUCACAGAAAAGUGUUUAUUUGACCAUUUUUCCUUGACACUUUGCAUAUUUGUAAGUCUGGCAUCUUCCUAAAUAUUUUAAACUGUACCAUAAAUGGGUUGUCUUCAACAAUCUAUUCAGAAAACCCCUGUUCAUCAGAAAGUGUUAGGUGAAAUAUCAAAAGUUCUUGUAAUUUUUAUUUUAUACAGAUAAAAUAAAACUAUUCUUGACUGAA